GCGUCCAUCGCGGACGUCGCGGUGCCCCAGCUGCUGCAGCAGGGCACGCCCAUGAUCAAGGUCUCCGCGAAGAAGCAGAAGCGCGUCGUGUUCAGGCUCGACCCUGAUCAGGGCCAGAUCAUCUGGGAGGGCAAGAAACACAGGAUCAUUCCUAUCGAGAACAUCAAGGAGCUCCGCUCUGGGGCCGAUGCGCGCUACUACCGCGAGCAGUUCCAGCUCUCGCAGGACCACGAGAGCCGUUGGCUGACGAUCAUCUACACGCUCGACGGGCAGUACAAGACGUGGCACGUCGUCGCGCCCUCGCGCGACGUCUACAAUAUGUGGGACCUCACGCUGCGCAAGCUGUACGCCAUGCGGCAGGCGCUCAUGACGGGGCUCGGGAACGUGGACCUGCGGGAGGCCGUGUGGGAGAAGCAGUACUGGAAAGGCGCGGACGAGGAGGCGGACCAGAGGCUCUAUUUUGAGGACGUCGAGACGCUGUGCAAGAGACUGAACAUCAAUCCGUCGCGGGAGGACCUGCUGCGGCGAUUCCAGCAAGCGGACGUGCAGAACCGCGGGUUCCUGGACUUUGCGGAUUUCCAGCGGUUCGUGAAGCUGCUGAAGACGCGGCCCGAGCUGGAGCGGCUGUACAAGAAGCUGUGCGCGGUGCACGGCGGGACGUUCAACUUUGGCGUGUUCGAGUACUUCAUGCGCGAGCACCAGAAGUCGACCGCGUCGGAGGCGGAUCUGGAGCGCAUCUUCGCCCCGCCGCGCUCCUCGUCCGCCGCCGUCCUCACCCUCGAGGGCUUCACCUCCUUCCUCCUCUCCACCGACAACUCCGCCUUCGCGGACCAGAACCGCGGCAUCCACCACGACAUGACCCGCCCGCUCUCCGAGUACUACAUCUCGUCGUCGCAUAACACGUACUUGGUCGGCCAUCAGCUCGUCGGCGUCAGCACCGUCGAGGGCUAUAUACGCGCGCUGUUACACAGCUGUCGGAGCGUCGAGCUGGACAUAUACGACGGAGACGCCGAGCCGGUCAUUUACCACGGCAAGACGCUCACCUCCAAGGUCGCGCUGCGCGAGGUCUGCCAGGCGAUCGCCAAGUACGCCUUCGUUGUCUCCCCGUACCCGAUCAUCAUCUCCGCCGAGGUCCACUGCAGCAUUCCGCAGCAGGAGAUGCUCGUCGCGAUCAUGCGCGAGGUGUUUGGGGACGCGCUCGUCAGCGCGCCGCCCGAGGGGCGCCCCAAGAUCGAGGUGCUCCCGAGCCCGGAGGAACUCAAGGGGAGGGUGCUGUUGAAGGUGCGUUUCGUCGUUUUUGGUGGCCGGAUGGGACAAGCGCUGACGCGUGGGGCUUGUUUGCAGGCGAAGAACUUGUAUGUGUCCGAGAGCGAGGGGAUGCGCAACAAGGAGCUGGCUGUCGAGACCGAGUCGUCGACGACGUCCGAAACCUCAUCGACCGAUUCUGAGGUCCUGUCCGGUGAGCCGCUCUCCGCGAUAUGUUUCUCGUCGAACGAGCACUCAUCCAAAUUCUGCAUCCCAGAACUGAAGCAGGAGUUCAACAAAGCCCGACACGCCCUCUCGCGACACAGACCCAGCGCGCGGCGGCCCUCCUCCGCCUCCUCGACCUCCGGGCGCGCCCCGCCCGCCGAGCGCUCGAAGGCGCGCAUGUCGCUCGCGCUCGUGUCCCUGCUCGUGUACACCGUCGGCGUCAAGUGCCGCGGGCUGAAUAAGAAGGAGCAGUACGCGCCCGAGCACGUCUUCUCGCUCUCGGAGAACACCGCGAACAAGAUGUUCCGCCAGGGCGCGAUGGCGGACCUGAUCAAGCACACGCGCAUGCACGUCGUGCGCGUGUAUCCGAAGGGCCUCCGGCUGAGCUCGUCGAAUUAUGAGCCGCAUCGGUAUUGGUCGGCGGGCGCGCAGCUGGUGGCGAUCAAUUGGCAGACGUUCGAUCUGGGGUAUAUGAUCAACCAUGCGAUGUUCCAGCGCAACGGCAGGUCCGGGUACGUCCUCAAGCCCCUCGCGCUGCGCUCGUCCGCGGACAAGGACCUCCUGGGCAAACGGACGAAACACUUCCUCGACGUGACCAUCAUCUCCGCGCAGCAGCUGCCCAGGCCGAAGGACGCGCACGGCCGCGAGGUGCUCGACAAGUCCGUCAUCGACCCGUUCGUCGAGGUCUCCGUGCACGUGCCGGACUGGACGCAGACGCCCUUCAUCCCGCCCACCGCGAGCGCCGCGGGCGUCACGUACGCGCCCGCGACCUCUCCUCCCCAUUCCUCCCAUUCCUCUCCUGCUCCUGCUCCUGCUCCUGCUCCUGCCCCCGCCGCCGCCUCGUCCUCCGCGGGCGCGACGACGGCGCGGGUGGUGUCGUACAAGACGGGCGUGGUGAAGAACAACGGGUUCAACCCCGUGUGGGAGGAGGCGCUGAGCCUGCCGUUCGACUGCGUCGGCGGGAUGCGCGAACUUGUGUUUGUGCGGUUCGCGGUGCGCGAGGAGGGCGAGGACGAGCGCGAGCCGCUUGCGGUGCAUUGCGUGAGCUUGGGGAGCCUGCAGGAAGGGUUCCGCCAUCUGCCGCUCCACGACGCGCAGCUCUCGCAGUAUUUGUUCUCGACGCUCUUCGUGCAGGUCAACAUC